AUGUCAAUGAUAAUUGUUCAAACUCCUAAAACUUAUUUCGGUUCCGACAUUAAAAAAUCAUUAGGUUCUCUUCCCGGAUUUCCAUGGGCAAAAUAUCCCGGAGAAAAACAUCUCCCUGGUCAUAAUUACACUGGUCCACGUACAAGGUUAGAUCUGCGAUUAGACCAAAACGAUAAACCAAAACCAGGUGAAGACGCUGCACUUAAACACGAUAUACUAUACAGAAAUAAAGACAUAACAUCCAGACACGAAGCAGACAAACAAAUGAUAAUCGAACUUGAAAAUAAUCCAAAUCCAACUUUUAAAGAGAGAAUUCAAAGAGCAUUAAUCAUUAAACUCUUGAAAGCAAAGAACUUUUAA